AUGCGUUGCUCGCCACUUACAAGUCUUGGUACGCUCCUGCUCAUCGCCUUGCCUGCGCUGGGAACAUCGACUUCUCGCAGGAUUGAUGAAGAAAGCUUCGCGUCGGCCAAGGAGCUCUUUGCAAUCAACCAGCAUAUUGGAGGAGCUGGCUUGCGCGGCACAGCUAGCGCGAGGCAGAAUGCACUGAUUGACUGGCUUGAUGGACAGCUGCGACAAGUCUCUGGUCUUGACUUGUCCUACAACUCUUUUAAUUUGACGAGGUGGGAGCCGCAGCAGGACAACCUGGGCGAAUCUGCUUCACUGAAGCUUCUGUAUCCGGGGGCGUGCUCCAACACGCUCAGUGUCGCUGGCGCCAUACCAUAUACUCGAGUUACCAACGGCAAUCCUGUCAAGGCUGAACUUUUGUACGUUGCGCAAGGGACAAAACUGUCGACCGUCAAUGCGACAAACAAGAUUAUUAUACGCGACGUCGCGUUUCAGUCUGUUCCUUUUUCACUUCUUUUCGCCGUGAGCAACUUUCGAACUGCCGAUCUGGAUAGCGUGGUCAAGGGCAACUACUCGCGACCGUAUACUGCAAAUUUUGACGAUGAAAUCAUCGAUGCGACAGCCGCCGGUGCCCUCGGCAUCAUCUUUGCAUGGAACGUGCCGCAAAAAUACGUGCAGUCGUAUUUUGACCCCCACGAGGGAACCAUGUAUCGAAUUCCCGGCGUCUUUGUCGGCGUGGAAGUCGCAGAAAACCUGAAAGAGGCCGCGUCGCAGGGUCUAACCGCAGAGCUAGACGUUUGCGGCGAGAUGAAUCCGUCGACGACCAAGGAGAUAUUUGCCACGCUGCCGGGAAUGACCCCGGAUACUGUCAUUGUCACCUCCCACACCGACGGCAACACAUGGAUCCAAGACAAUGGCGUCUCUGGCGUGCUGGCUCUUGCGCGGUACUUUGCAGCGCAGCCCCUCUCCUCGCGCAACAAGACGCUGCAUUUUGUCUUUACGUCGUCGCAUUUGCACUACAGCACAGACGGCAACGCGAUGCUCGCCAAGCGUCUGGACCAAGGCUACGACAAUGGAAACACGGCCCUUGUUUUCCCGCUCGAACACAUGGGCGCCAGAGAGAUACUCCCCACUCCUAGACUGGACAGGCAUCUCCGCGGCCAGGACCUCGCCUACACGGGUAAAGGCGAAGUCACGCUUUGGGCCGUGGGACCGUCUGAUGCACUGCGCGACGCAGUCAUUGAUGCUGUCAAGUACCGAAAACUGGACCGCAUGUCGAUUAUGCCGGGGAUAGGCCUUCCAAACGCAACCGUCGUGCCCGAGUAUCAGUCGUUUGGCGGAGUUGGCACGCCGUACCACGUGGCUCUUGUUCCGACCAUGGCGAUUGUUGCUGGGCCGUGGUCGCUGUGGGCGCCGUACUUUGGAGCUGAUGCUGUGGAUUUUGACCGCCUUUGGCAGCAAUUACUGGCGGUCGGGGAUGUGCUAUUGAGGGUGGAUGGGCUCUCUAGAGAAGAGAUUGCAGGCGGCUAUCUCGAGUACAGACGGCAACGGGCGGCUGGCAAGCCUACUGCAUAUCAAAAGCCGAUACCUGAAUUUGCGCCUUGA